GCCUGUGACUGGUUUACGUGUGUAAUAUUUUCACACACUUUCAAUAUUUAUUUGUCGCUGGCGGUGUGAGGCGCGGUGCGGUGCGAGGUUGUGCUCCCCUUUUUGAUAAUUGCGAAAAACAAACUGAAUAAACAGAAGAUUUAACAAUGAUGCGAUGCUCUUAUCGGCUAAGUAAAUAGGAAUAACCACAAUACGAUAAUGACAAAAGACGGGGGGUCAGACCCACAGGCAGAGAAACAAAGGCAGAAAGAAACACUCUCACAGAUGCGAGUACUGAAAGCUGCUGCAGGUGAUGGUAGUGGUGGUGGCUGUGCCUCUUCCUCCUCCUUUCAGGCAGAAGCAUAAUAUUAGCAGAGCGAAAGUUUUUUUGCAGAGUCAAGUCGGUCGUGCGCCGGAUUAUGUUUACAAGUGUUUAUGCUUUAAUGCAUUGCUUAAUGUGCUUAAACUUUGCUUAACCAGCUGGCAGCUAACACUUUUUCUCACACCUAUUAAUCGUUCGUGGCGCUUUCCAACAGAUGCUAACAACCCAAAAUUUGACAUAGAUAAGGAUUAUAUAUAUAGCAUAGCAAUAACGAACAGCACAUACUCGUAAGAUAAAUGAAAGGGAGAAAGAUACAAUGCAUAGAUAUAUAAAUAUAUGUCAGCUAGAUUUCGAUUUUGUGCUCCUGCAACAGAAUGAAGAAUCGCCAGUGGCUGCGCCGAAUAUCUCUCAAUGAAUGCUACAACAAGCACAGCCACCACCACCGCAUUGAUGUACAAAUAUCUACCAAUACAAAAGAACCCAAUCAAGUCAAUUUAAAUUCAUCGUCAAAGCUGUCGUCGAGAGCGGCGUCGGUCACGACGACCUUACUGGAGGCUGCUUCUACUGAUGAUGCUCCAGCUACUUCUCUGUUUGGUUCCCAGAUAACAGCAGCCACAACAGCAGAACAACAAGAGCAACAACGUCUGCAGCUGAUUAUGCCGCCUACAAUCAUGACGAGCGACUUUUCAACAUACGUAAAAAUGCAAAAAUCCAAAUCCACGCCAAGUCUCCUACUCGAAGAGGAGUCGCCGGCCAUUGUCUGGCGUCGUCACAUCAUCACCCAGCCAAAAACCACUACCACGGAGGCUAACCAAAGUAUCAUUGCACGCUUCACCAACAGCAGCAGCAGAAACAACAACAGCAGCAAUCACGACAGCAACGGUAAUACCACGAGUAGUUGCAACAACAAGUGCAUCAAUGCGACGCCAACAACACCGGAAUCAUUGCGCUUUGGAUGUGCACACUAUAAGCGGCGGGCCAUGUUUGUGACACCCUGCUGCAAUAAGUUCUACAAGUGCCGCUUCUGCCACGAUGAGAACGAGACUCAUCAUUUCGAUCGGAAGACACUCACAGAACUCAUCUGCUCCGAGUGCAACACGCGGCAAACAGUGCGUGAGCAAUGCGAGAAUUGUGGCGUCCGAUUUGGCAAGUAUACUUGCCUUAUAUGCAAUCUAUUUGAUGAUGCGGACAAGCAGCAAUAUCAUUGCCAUGGAUGCGGCAUCUGUCGCAUUGGCGGCGCUGACAAUUUCUUUCACUGCGAAGUCUGCAACAUGUGUCUGCCUAUUCAGCUGAAGAUUGACGGUCAUCGGUGCGUGGAGAACAUCUCUCGGUCGCAUUGUCCUGUUUGUUUGGGCGACAUUCACACCUCGCGCAUCCCUUGCCACAUUCCCGACUGCGGCCACUUGUUACACAAGAUGUGCUUCGAUCAGUUGCUGGCCUCCGGUCACUACACCUGCCCUACCUGCCAGACCUCGCUGAUCGAUAUGACGGCGCUGUGGGAGUACCUAGACGAUCAGGCCCAUCGCAUUCCCGUAACCCUAAAGUAUGAGAAUCAGCGAGUGCACAUCUUUUGCAAUGAUUGUCACAAGACUUCCAAAACAAAAUUCCAUUUCAUUGGACUCAAGUGUGUGCAUUGCGGUGCGUACAAUACCACGCAGGAUGUUAAACGUCGCCUCUCUCUGGUCACCGAUGAGCCAUCCUCGGCAUGAUGUCCUUCAGCAGUAUUCCAAUACGCAACAAACAGCAACAGGAAAUCUCUUGCGAUGUCCACAUGCCUCCUCCUCCCCCAUCCCAUAUUCGAACUAAAUUGCUAUUGCACACAAACUGAAAUCGUAACGCAUUGAAUUUAGACCGAAUUCGAGCUGGUAUCGAAUAU